AUCCAGUGCUAUCCUUAAAUUAGAGUAUGAUUUUGAUAUACCGCAAUAUUAUGCUGCCAAGACAGAAUUUCCCUCACAAGUUCAAAAUAUGCAUUGACUACCAUCUCUCAUCAGAAUCAGAAUCAGCCAUCAACCAACUAACUACUCAACCCUAACUCAUCAUCCCACUACAAACUCUUCAAUCUCUCUCCCUAAACCCUUCCAAUUUUUCAAACAAAACCAAAAAAAUGUGCAGUUCAACAACAACUUCUCCAACUUCAUUCUCUCUCCUCCUCACUGACACCCACUCUCUCUCUCCUCGCCGCCAUCUCCACCUUCCCUUCACUUCUCCGAUCACUCUUCUCUCUCAUCACAGCCUUGGUAAACCCACCCUCCGCCUUUCUUCCGCCAUUGCUGACAAAUCCUCCUGGGUUCUUCCCGAUGAUGAUGCAACCGAUGAUUUUGGUGGUUGGGCUGUUUCUGAACCUCUGAUUCCCCACAAAAAGAAAGGUUAUCCGACAUUUUUGGUUGCUGGUAUUGGGACUUCAAUUGCUGUUCUUGUCGCUGCUUUAGCUCAUUUCUCGCUGUCGAAAAAUGGAUUCAGAUUGCCAUUUAGAAGUUCAUCUCCUGGUUCUUUAGUAGAAGUUGCCGUUGAAGUUGUUGAAACUAAACCUAUUGAUUUUCAUGAACCUGAACCUGAGCUUGAACUUGAUGUGGGAAUUGAAGUUUCUGAGACGUCUCAGGCAGAUUCUUCUGAUGUGGUGUCAAAGUCUGUGAAAUCAGAAAAGCACCAAACUCGUGUUGUUGAUGUUGCUGUGGAUUCCAAUCAGCAAGAAGCUAUGCAUGCUUUGAGAAAACUGAAGAUUUUAGAUGAAGAUGUCAAGGAUAAUGAGCUCUGCACCCGGAGAGAAUACGCAAGGUGGUUAGUUCGAGCUAGUUCAUUAUUGGAAAGGAACCCAAAGUACAAGAUUAUACCAGAAGUUGCUCUCUCUGGGUCAGUAACUUUUGCUUAUGAGGAUGUGACUAAUGUAGACCCAGAUUUUGAAUCCAUACAGGCCCUAGCAGAAGCUGGUGUUGUGCCAAGUAAACUAUCAUUGAAGCAUAUUGAUGGAGGUUUGAAUUUUUCUCCUGAAAGAAUUUUAUCUCGACGGGAUCUAAUAGAAUGGAGAUCCCAGCUGGAAUAUGAUUUAUCCACCUCACGAAAUCCUGAGUUUCUGAAAACAAAAUUGGACCUAAUGGACGCGAGGAGGACAAACUCAGAUGAAUGGCCAGGACUUUAUAUGGAUAUGCUUGCUGGGGACAGAAGCCUACUUAGAAGAGUGUUUGGACAAAUCAGGCGCCUUCAGCCAGACAAACCUUCAACAAUAGCACAAGCAGCUGUUGCACUGACAAGUGGCCGCAUGAUAGAAGCCAUUCAGAGUGAGUUCUUAAGAUUGCAGGAAGAGGAAUCUUCUAGAGUAGCUGCAAAAGAAGCGAUCAGACAGGAGUUAUUAGAUCGAGGGGAAAUAGAGAGGUGGUGGGCUGAAAAGAUGGAAGAGGAGAAGAAACGGGGCCUAAAAGUGCAGCAGUUAUAUGUAGAUGCUGUCAACCUUUUGGAACAAGAGAAGAUUGUUCAAGAGGGAGCUGUAAAUGGGUUUUUGAAGGAGAAAGCUGCAAUGGACUGUCAGAAGCAACUUUUAGAGGCUCUGAAGGAGGAAAUCAAUGAAAUUUCUGAGAGGCUUGCAUCAGAGAGAACUGAACAAUCUUCUGACGAGGAAAUAGUGCAAACUCUUCGUUCUGAUUUACAAAUAAAGAAGGAAGGAAUACUUGAUGCCAAGUCUGUGCUAGAGGCUGAGAUUGAAGCUCUUCGAAUCUUGAGAUCUUGGAUAGAAGAUGAAGCAAAGAAAAGCAAAGCUCGAUCAAAGGUUCUUGAGGAGGUGGGCCGAAGGUGGAAAUGGGAUAGUAAAAAAUAAUAAGAUAUGCUUUAGGAAUAGGAAGAUUGAUUUAUUGCUCUGGGAAAACAUAAGGAUUUUUUUUGGUUGUCUGAUCACUUCUGUGUAAUAACCUGCCUCGGGGACCUUGUAAAUUUGUAAUUAGAUUAGGGCCUGUGUUCAUCUGAUUUUCACGGCAAUCUUCUUCAUACCCAAUCUACCUGACAUGAUUUUGGCACUGUAAACUCUGUAUAUAUGUUGAUGGCAAAGCUGCCAUUGCACAUGAGUUCAAGUCCAAUAAAGUAUAAGAUAUUUGCUGCUA